AUGGAGGCGAGUUCUGGCGAAGACGAUGCUGUGUCUGUGGAGAUGAAGUCAGGCCUGCAGCUCAUCCUCUGUGCUCUGUGUGACUCGGACAUGCACAGGAAGGAGCUGUUUGGGUCUGAAGGAGUAGAAAUGGUCAUUCACUUCUUGAAAAAGCGAGGAGAGGGGUUUUACAGUGGACUGGGACACAACAAGCUGCUCCUCUCCAUCGUGGACUGUGUCUGGUCUUGUAUCGUUGGCUGCUACACAACAGAAGAUUUCUUUUUGGCUAAAGAAGGAGUUUGUCUUCUGCUCGAUCUUCUCUGCUCCAGUCCAAAGAGCGUCCAUGACCUCAUCUUGGCCAUUCUGCUGGAGUUAUGUGAAAACCCCAACACUGUGUCCCACCUGAGGAGCUGGAGGGCCGGGGAGGGACCCACCGCCCCCACCGCCCCGGGACUCCUGCUGCAGAUGUGGAGGGAGGAGGAGGCGGAGCUGGGAGUACAACGAGACCAGGACGGGUGCCUCACAGAUGCCAAAAAGCCUCUGGUGCACCCGCAGCAGACUGACGGCCAGAGUCUGGAGCCGCCUGGAGCAUCCAUCCUGGAGCUAGGGGAGAACCUGAGGGCCAAAAUCUACCUGAUCUUCUGUGCAGUCGGAUUUCAGGACCUUCCUGGAUUAUCGGCCGAGGACAAUGUGACUCUCAGUAUUGUCAAGAGAUAUCUGGAUUUUAAGGUGGGAGAGGUGUGGGAGGAGGUCUGUGCAGAGCUGGUCCAUGACGACAUAAGACCCAUCACUCCAGACAGAGAGAGUUUGGAAAGAAUCUGUAAAAUCUCUGAGGAGUCGGCCAAAGGAGUCAUGGAGGAGCAGAGGAGCCUCCUGCAGAGACGAGAGGCAGAAGAGCUCCAGCAGGAGCAGCUCCUGUACACAGAGAUAAAAUCUCACUGGAAACAACAAGAACUUGUCAAAAAAUCUUGGAGCCAUUAUGUGUCCCGGACGUCCAACUACGAGGUUCUAAAGGAGGUGAAAGCUCAGAGGGAACUGUCCAAAACCAAAGCUGAGAUCGAAGCGGACGACAUUCACCCCAUCAAGCGCUUCAUUGGUCAGGUGAUAUCUGUGGAGCAGACCGGAGCACAGGGACCAGAGGGAGUCCAGGUGUCUUUAGCCCGAGUCUCCAUCCCCUCUGCAGGCCAAGACCAGGUCCAGACCAGUCCAAACCCAGACCUGGAAUACUUCAGGCCGGUCUCUGUCAAACACUGA